AUGGCCGGCUCUGGCGGCGCGGAGGGGGAGCGGGAUGGGCGCCUCGCCUACGACGCCCCGGCGUGGACGUUGCUCCUGGCCGCCGUUUCCCGCAAGAAGCGCAGCCGUCGUGGCCCAGCCUCGUCCCGCUCGUGGGCGUUCAGGCGCCCCGUGCCCGUCCCCCCACCGCCCGAGGCCAAGAAGCCGAUGGCGAGGAAGGCGACGAGGGCGGGGAGGUGCGUGGACUGCGACGCGACCGAGACGCCGCAGUGGAGGGCCGGGCCGACGGGGCCGGGGACGCUCUGCAACAGCUGCGGGGUCCGGCGCCGGGCAGCCGGGGAGCGGUGGGGGGAGCGUCGACGCCCCCGGCGUGCGACGGCGAGGAGCGUCUCCGACCAGCAGCCGCUGCAGGAGAGCCGGCCGAUCCCGGAUCCGGAGUCCCCACCGGACAGCCAGAUCUGUGAGCAAGAAUUAGCUCCCGCUCCCAAACUGGUCCUGGUGACGUCUCCGCCUCCGGCGACGGAGUCCUUGCCGGCGCUGGGGAUGGCAAGGACGGACCCCGACUCAGAUCAGCCCUCGAAGAAGAAGAAAAAGCCGCCGGCCAAGACGAAUGAGGACAAGCUGUGCGACCACUGCGCGUCGUCGUCGACGCCGAAAUGGAGGGAGGGGCCGAAGGGCCCCCACACGCUGUGCAACGCGUGCGGCGUUCGGUACAGCCAGGGGCGGCUACUGCCGGAGUACCGCCCGCAGGUGAGCCCCACCUUCAAGUGUAGAGAGCACGCCAGCUUGCACAGCGAGGAGCUCGAGCUUCGCCGGCAGCGGAAGGACAAGCAGCAGCAGCCCGUGAAACUGAUGCCGCUGCUGCUGCCGCGCCCUUUGGACCACCUCGCCAGCGAGCUGCCCGUCGGUGACAUCGACGACAACUCCGGCGUGGCAGCUGCCAACCCGACGGACGAGCGGCGCCGAUGA